AUGAGCGACGACAAACAAUCCAUUUUCACGGGCUUCGGUUCUCAAGAUGACGCGCCAAAAGAUUCGGGAAAGAUAUUUGGCAAGUUGAUCGAAACUUCGAAAAACCUACCAACAACAUCUUCUGAAUUAGGCACCAUUCUGCUCAGUGUGAACGAGAUCAAGAAGCGCGCACAUAAGCUGAGACAGAAAUCAAAACCCCAGCAUGAUCACACUAGAGCUCAUUAUCUACUGGCUGGCAGCGGGCUGGCCAUUCAGGACGUCGAAACAUCCUUGAGGGCUCUCAAGUCCAGGAAGCUGAUGGAGCAGAACGUAGUCAGUAUGGACACUGACAAUGACCUCGACACUUACUUAAGAAAUAAAAAGGAUGAGAAUAUAUUGUCGUCAAUUGAAAGGUCGCUCGCCUCUGCUGCCAAAGAUUUCGACAAUUUCGUCAAUCAAAACUUCAACCUCGACUGGGAGCAACGUAAGGAAGAAGUGAGAGAGAACUUCGGUAUUUUGGUGAAGAGAAGAAAAGGCGACCACAAACCUUCAAUGGAAGGGAUCGGUGGGUCUCCUCUUACAUGGGGUGAAAGUGGCCGCGCAAUUUUGGAUGGUGACUCUAGACUCAAUGUUAAUGAAAACUUCUCGACGAGGACGAAGUUCGAACACUACGCUAAGAUAAUCAAUGCUUUCAAUAACGCAAGGCAAAGUGACACCGAUUUCUCUCUUACCGGUGAAGUCAUCGAAUUACUCACCAAUUCUACAGAAUCUAUCAAUCGGCAAUUACCACAAGCAUGGAGAAUUCUGGAACACGUACGUGACUCCGAUGAUGUCGUGAAUAAAUCAAAGGAGUUUUUGGAAGCACAGUUUUUGGAUUACGUCGAUAAGCUGUACAAACGAAAACCUAGCGAAGGUCUGCCCACGAACGUUAAUAAAGUCCGGUCUUUUAUUGAACACAAAUUAAAAAAUCCCAACGGUACGUGGAAGUAUGGGAAUUUGACCAUUGUGAACGGGACGCCUAUCUGGGCUUUCAUUUUCUAUCUCUUGAGAGCUGGCCUGGCCCAAGACGCGCUCGAAGUUGCGGUUGCAAAUAAAUUGAGCUUCAAAAAAGUAGAACAGUCAUUUUUGACAUACUUCAAAGCAUACGUCAGCUCAAGGGAUCGCAAGCUACCCAAUGAAUUUCUGAUUAGAUUGCAUACCGAGUACAAUCAGCAUAUAAAAAAUGCCUUGGAUGGUGAUCCUUUCAGACUAGCCGUCUACAAGAUUAUCGGUCGUUGCGACCUCACUCGGAAAAACAUUUCAUCCAUAACUCUCAGCAUCGAAGACUGGAUUUGGAUCCAUAUAAUGUUAAUCAAAGAGGACAGCGCCGGUGACGACCCUCUGUACGAGAAGUAUGACCUGUCAGACUUCCAAACUAUCGUAACGUCAUAUGGUAUGUCCAUGUUCAGCGGAUCCUACAUCAUGGUGCUCAUGUUGAGUGGACUAUACGAGCUCGCAAUUCAGAAUGCAAUGUCGAUAAGUGAAAUUGAUGGGGUCCAUUUGGCGAUCGGCUUGGCUUCCUACAAAAAAUUGAAUAUAUCGACUUACCAGAACAAGAAACUGUCGGAACUCAUCACCACUGUUGAUGGAACAACCAGAGUAAAUUUUGCUAAGCUUCUCGGCAACUACACAAAGUCUUUUAAGUUUUCAGACCCUCGUAUUGCUGUGGAGUACCUGAUCCUCAUAAACACGGGUGGAACCAAGGACGCAGCAGCUGUCUGUCAUGAGGCUCUAAGAGAACUUGUUUUAGAGACAAAAGAAUUCACAAUCCUACUAGGAAAGGUGAACAGGGACGGAACAAGAAUUCCUGGGGUGAUCGAAGAAAGGCAGUCUUUACUCUCGCUGAGCGACGAAAAAGACUUUUUACACAAAAUAACCGAACAGUCUGCGAGACGUGCGGAUGAAGAUGGUAGGUCAUACGACAGCUUGCUCCUGUAUCAGCUGGCCGAUGAAUAUGACAUUGUUAUCCGGAUUGUAAACAAACUUUUGAGCGAUCUGCUCAGCAACACGGAUCUAGCACAACCGUUGCUCAAUCUGGAUGAUAAUAGCGAGACGAGUCCGGUACUUAUCGCCAAGAAAUUGAUCAGCGUUUAUGUCAAUAAUCUGGAAAUUGCACAGAAAAUCCAUCUGAAGAACAAGGAGACUUGCAUUCUGCUACUAAAGAUAGUGGAUAUCAGACGGGCGUUCUACUCACAGAAUUGGCAAGAGACACUGGAGAUGAUGGAAGAGGUCGAAUUAAUCCCUUUUGUCGAUGAAGUUUCCUCAAGAAGAAAAGCUCAGGAAUUUUCUAACUUGAGCUCUGAAAUCACAAAAAAUAUUCCCAAGCUCCUCAUCAUCACGAUGACAUGUGUUUGCAAAAUUGUUAAAGCACUCAGCCAAAGUGAAUAUCAAUCUGCUGCCAAGAUUCAACAAGUAGAAGCACUAAAGCGGCUUGCGAAAAACUGCAUGAUCUACGCGGGUAUGAUUCAGUACAGGAUGCCACGUGAGACGUACAGUAUUCUAAUUAAUCUAGAAGUGCAACUGUGA